AUGAAGUUAACCUUGAUCAAAUCAAUAGAAGGAGUGAAGUUUUACGGGUGAGCAACAAACGCAUGCAAACUAGAUUUGUACACAAUAAUAUACAAGUUACUGAAAAAAUGACAUUGCCAUGUACCCUAUUAGAUCUACACAUUUAUGUAUGAUUUAUAUUGUAGGAACACAUUUCAAUUAUGGAGGUGGAUGACCUUUGAGAACUGUGCCUCACGAUGGCAGAGAGACAACCUGGUCUCGUUCAUGACAUAAUACAUCCACCUACUCAACAAGAGGGCUACCACCCACAACCUGGCGGGACUUGCCCAAACUGGUGUGUUUGUGGGAAGUACCGGGAGAUGCCAACAGAUAGGGAGAAAGUGUGCUGUGGGAAAGAGCAAUGCAUAACUCUUUUACCAGACUUCUCUGUGCUAAUUCUUGAUGAAGCUGUGCUAGCCCCUGCCAGACUGUAUAGGAGAGACAUUUUGGUCUUCAAUGAAGUGGACGAGAGAAAAGGCAACCGUCACCAAGCGUACCGACAAUAUAUCUUGUGGACCUAUGGCAGACUAGGUGCAGGGGACAGACGGGUCAUUCCAUCCUUCGCGGUUUGGUCCAUUAGAGACAAGUUUCCCGACCCUUUUGGUCAAUACACUGGAUUUGUGCCAAGGCGAAUAUAAUUGUACAUAGCCACUUAUAAUAUAUAUAUUAUAUAUUAGGUUUGUAAAUGUAAUUAUAUAUAUACUAACCUACAAAUUAUGAUACCCUUUUAUAUAUUAUUUACUGCUAGUCCAAUAUUGUUUUCUCUAUAAAUAUCCUAGAUUUUUUUUGUAUUGCAACUAUGAAACUGAAAUAUUUUUACAUCCUCAUAGCCAUGUUGAGAAGUGUACCUAUAUCGGAGUAAAAUGAACCAUUAUCAGUCACUUUUGAUUUGUUUUUUUACACAUUGAGCAUAUCAUUAUCAAUAAUCUGUUGUGGUAAAAGAUUGGUGAAGAAAUUAUUGUAACAAGAAUAAAUUUUCUAGGGCUUUUAAAUUUUGGUGUUGUUACAAUGUAAAUGUAAAUUAAUCAAUGAAGUUCACAGGCAAUGUAUGACAUUGUUUUAUGAUCAUUUUCAUCUCUAUCCUCUCGUAGUACGAAUGCUCCAAGCAUAAUCAUCCUGUAUCUUAAAUGUUAAAGAAAGCAUGGGUCUUACUAACUUUUGACCUUUGACUAAUUAAAGUCAGAAUGUCAUAUGUAUAUCGAGGGUGAUCUGUAUUCUGCCUACAAGAUUCUCCUAUUAACUGAUACGACCUUGACGCAAGAUGAUCAAAUGUACCAAGUUGAAAGAUCCUGGAGCUUAUGGUUCAUUCUACAUUUUACCUAUAAGGGCCGAACAGACGGACAACAGUAUACCAUAGUACGCCCCGUCUUUGACAGGCAGGAUAAUUGUACAUCCCCAAAAUUACUUUAUUUUUCCAUCUUUGUUUUUCUGCACUGGGAGGUCUGAGUUCAUAUUGUGGUUCAGUGCUGCAAGUCUGUUCCUGUAGACAGGUGGAGUAUAUGCGUGUCUUUUGAACAGUACAUCAGAAUGUGCUGAUGGACUCCUUCCAGUUCAGCUGUACUUCUGAAAUUGAAGUCUCGUGUAAUAACAAUGAUCGUCGUCAACAUGCAUGUACCAUAGGUAUAUUUUUAGACAAGAUACCCACAAGCCUUAUCAGUCACCUGAGAACUAGUUAAAAAUAUUACUAGUCCCAAGGGCAUUAACAUUUUAUAAACAAAAAUUCCCUGUUCAAGAGUUCUGAAAUUUACAUUCCCCCUUCUACAAAAAUUGCUUCAUAUCAGAAAUUGAAAAGAAUAGGAAUAGUAGUUAUCAAGAAGUUAAAAAUGUUCAAUUGUUAAUGCACAACAGACAACAACCAAUUGCUAUAGUUCAACUGAGUAAACUAAUGUGACCUAAAAAUGAGAAAUGCUUUUGACAUAUAUAUGCUUCCUGUGGCAAUAUUAAUACGAUCAACUCUGAAUUACCAGUUUGGUUGUGAAGGUAGCCACAAAUCUAUAUACAAAAUAUGAAAGUCCUAAGGUCAGAAAAUAUUGAAUUGGUCAAGUUUUCUUAUAAGUAGUUUAAACUCUAAGGUCCAGAUAACUAGGUAAAGAAGUUUGGUACCAAUAAAGAAGUCUUUUCACAGGGAAUGUGCAUAUGAAAUAUGAAACCCUAUCACUAACCAUUCAAGUUAUGAGCAAAGCUUCUGAAAAGAUGAACAGACAGACAAAAGUGAUCAGAAAAACUCAUUUCAUCUAAUAGAUAAACAAAUAUUUACAUAUUAUGGGUGUAAAUUAAAAUUAUGAACUCAAUGUGAAAACUGUCAUAUACUUACAGAAUAUAUGUAGCUGUGACAUCAAAACUUGGCUGGUAAUUUGGGUCAUCAUCUUCCGAGUCUACUGACUCUAAACCUGAGUCUUGUACUGAAAUGUCAAUGGACAAGCUACAAUAUACAACAUACAUUCUAGUCAUUCACACGGCACACAUAAGACUUUGGGGGUGGGGGUUCAGAUAUGUAAACAAAUUAAAUAUACUCAUCUAAGUUUCACAUACUUUCUAAGUGAGAUAAUGAAUGUAGUGUUGCACAAUUUUGUUUGUUAGAGUUACCCCCCCCCCCUUUGUACAUUGUUCCGGGUAUGUAAUCCUAUCCGGUUCAUUUUUUAUUUUGUUUACAAGAGGAUAGGAGGCCAUUUUGGCUGAUGUUUUUGUAGUUUCUGCUUGUUCCAAGCAUUGCAUGUGCCUUGUGGGUACACUCCUGCACCAUAUGUAAGUAAAACUAAGCAUUCACAUGUAUUUUCCUAAAGUAGUCUCUAUAACAUGUUCACAUAUUCUGACUGUUUGGAAAGACUUAAUUUUGGGCACAUGGCCAUGUCUUAAAACAUUGCUAUGUAUCGAGUCAUUUUUAGUAAAUUCAGUGCUACAGUUCAUUUCAUACUAGGAUAGGUUUAUCAUAUUUUGAUGUAUAUUAAAUGGGUUAUAAGCCAUUGUAAAGUUUUAAUAUGAAUGUAAAUUCUAUAAUUAUCCUCAUUCAAUUUAAGUAUAUUCUGCAUGCAGCUCAAUAGUGCAUAUAAUAUUCUUGUGAUAGGUUAAGCCAGUUUCUGAUUUAAUUUUAAUUUCAGAAUUUUGACUUGUAUUUGACCUAUUAAAUUGUUACCUUCUCAAGUCUGUCCUAUUUGUUUACAAUUGAUGUCUUGCUUAAAGUUAGGGUCAUUGUUUACCAUUUAACUGUACUAUGAACUUUUUGUAAAUUUGUUUUUUCGUUAUUUUCAGUCUUUUACCACAUGCACGUUCAAUCGUUCACUUAAUAAAAGUGACCCACUUUGACAGUGUUGAUUACUGAAUCGGUAGACUAUCUGCACAGAGGCAGAAUAGUAAGAGAAUAUGACCAGGAUCAAAGACUGAGAUCAUGGCAACUGAUAAAGAACAACAGGAUAC